AUACGCACACACACGCUGGCAUACGUACGUAUACGUAUAUAUACGCGCGAGCGGAUUCAUGUGUGCGAGCACUGGCGAGUACUUGUCACGCUCGCCGGAAGGUUAGAUCCCGAUGAUUAAAUCGAGCCGGAGCUCAUAAACACGCGAUACGACGGGGCGGUAGCGGCGCCUUAGGAUUUUCAUCUUUUUACAUAGGAUGGAGGAAAUCGACAAUAUAAUAAUUCACUCGUUGCGACAAAUAGGCUGUGACAUUGAUGAGAGCAUAACGAAUCUAAGUGGCUUUAACACCGAAUUAGUUGUGGAAGCUACUGUAAGAUGCUUAGAAGCAAUAAGGCCAGGCUCAGGCCUGUCCACCAUACUACCUAUAAAUAUGGCAGCGCGUUUUCGAUUAGGUGCUACUCUUGCACAAACAUGCACGGAACUCGGGUACAGAGGUGACAUUGGCUACCAAACAUUCCUGUAUAAUUCAGAAGCAGAUCUGCGGAGGGUGUUUAUGUUUCUCAUUGAAAAACUGCCAAAAGAGAGUGAGAAAACUAUAAACGAAUCUAUCAGUAAAGUUGCUUUAUUGGAGAAAUCGGUAGCAUCCGCGAUAUCCCGAGGACUCUCCAUACCAUGGUUGCCACAUUACUGUUAUAAGAAGGGAUUCAGGAAUAGAGGAAGAGCGAGUGUUCCUUAUGUAUCUGUAAAUAUUGAAGUACCAAUAAUAAAUGCAGAGGAUGAUUAUAAAGAUUACUAUACGCGCUAUUUACAACCAGUGCCUGAACAAAUGCAAGACGUUUCAUGCUUUUUACCUUCCAUAAUAUCAUAUAAUGCGAGGACACUUAAUGCUUCUCCGAUGAAUAUUAUGGAGCGUAUAGAUUGGCUUAACAGCCAACAGUCUGAGAAAGUUGCUUAUUCUAAUGCACAUAAUAUUGUCAAAGAGUUUAGCAAGUUUUCAUUAGAGAACAAGAUACAAAUUUCAACGGAAUCUCAGGUGAAAUCUGAAUCCGUAUCGCAUCCAGUGCUUCCAGAUCAAGAAACAUUAAAAAAUGAGGCAAAACAGGAAGUCGAAAUAGAAAAAAUGAAAACAGAAUGCGAAAGUUUUAGAAUAAAUAUAGAAGAAUUACAAAACGAGAUUAAAAAAUUAACCACUAGAUUAGCACAAGCGAUGGUAAUCGGUCAGAAUGAAGAAAAGGAAUUAAAAAUUAAUGAGGAGCAAAAAAAGAUCAAAGCAAAAGCAUAUGAAUUGCUUCAAGAUGGACCAGAAAAUAUAAAAAAAUUGGAAUCCGCAAUUGAAGCUAGUACAAACAAAUUAAUUAAUUUAGCAAAUCAGUGGGAAAAGCAUAGAGUGCCCUUAAUCAUGAAGUAUAGGCAAGAAAGAGAGAAACAUUCCACAAAAGCUAAUGCGAGUCAAAAAAAACUAGACGAGAUAAAAUUGUUAAAAGAGAAAGAGAAAGAACUUCAGGAAGAAUGUCGGAAUAAAGAUCAACAGUAUUCACAACUGAUCGCGGAAGUUCAGAAACUUCCAAAGGAAGUGAAUAGAUCCGCAUAUACUCAACGAAUUUUAGAAAUAAUAAAUAAUGUUAGAAAACAGAGAGAUGAAAUAAGUAAAGUUCUAGCGGACACUCGUGAAAUUCAAAAAGAAAUCAAUACGCUUACCGGGAGAUUAGAGAGAUCCUUUACUGUCGUAGAUGAAUUGAUAUUCAGAGACGCGAGAACAAAUGAAGCUUCGAGGAAAGCUUACAAAUUAUUAGCGACAUUACAUUCGGACUGCAAUGAACUUGUGAGUUUAGUCGAGGAAACUGGUGCGACAAUACGAGAAAUUAGAGAUUUGGAAGAACAGAUCGAUUCUGAGUCCGCUAAAAAUGUCGGUGCUAAUUUGGAAAGGAUAACUGCCGAUUUGAAACAAAUGAAACAAGAAACCGCCGCAUUGACUGCACAAUUACAGAGUAAAGCCUCGUGAUUAUUAUAUACAGUGUUGUGCGAUUAUGCGAAUUGUAAGCUCAGGACCAGAUGAGAAUCUAAUACAGAAUAUAAACGAAUAUCGAAUGCAUCAAAGACCAAACAUUUUUUAGCUAUACAGCUGGCAAAAUAUAAUGCGAUAUUGCCCACGAGAGUCUCCAUGAAUCUACUAAGUUGGCUGCUAAAAAAAUGUGCCUUGGCCUGAAGUCGUCAGGCAUUAGGCUUCUAUUAGCCUCGGGCCAAGUGUAUAAUAAAAACACGCUGUUAACAUCAAUGCUCAAAGAGACAUUAUUUGUUAUAAAGCCUAAUAAUUUUUUAGCAUCGAGUUUGACUUUCGUAUUUCUCGCAACUUGAAGAUAUGAUCUGACUUACGGCUGUAAAUAAGAUAACUGCUAAAACGUCACUUUCGAGCAAAGAAUGUGUACAAAAUAUAGAAUGUGUGCGAAUAACGA